CAGGCCAAUGCUCUAUCCACUGAGCCAAACCGGUGUUCACACGGUCCUCACCUUGGAGAUUAAAGUGGAUGCGCACGUCCGGGGUUACGUUGGCGAGAAGAUCAGGUUGAAAUGCAUUUUCAAGUCGACGUCGUCGGUCACGGACAAGCUCACCAUAGACUGGACCUACCGGGCCCCCAGCAGCAGCCGCACAGAGUCAAUUUUCCACUACCAGUCCUUCCAGUACCCCAGCACCGCAGGCACGUUUCGCGACCGGAUCUCCUGGGUCGGAGACGUGUACAAAGGGGACGCGUCCAUAAGCAUAAGCAACCCCACCACCAGGGACAACGGGACCUUCAGCUGCGCCGUGAAGAACCCCCCAGACGUGCACCAUAACAUUCCCACCACGGAGCUCACAGUCACAGAGAGGGGCUUCGGCACCAUGCUGUCCUCCGUGGCCCUCCUCUCCAUCCUCGUCUUCGUCCCCUCGGCGGUGGUGGUGGCUCUGCUGCUGGUGAGAAUGGUGAGGAAGUCUGCGGGGCUGAGGAAGAGGAGCAAGUCCGGCUACAAGAAGUCGUCCAUCGAGGUUUCAGAUGACACUGACCAGGAGGAGGACGACUGCAUGGCGAGGCUCUGCGUCCGCUGUGCCGAGUGCUUGCCGCUGCUCUUUCCUCUCCAGGACUCGGACUACGAAGACACGUACUGAGGGAAGUUUGCAGGACGUCAGAACAAUCACCGAGUCACUGACAAGUCGUCCCCAGCACGGAAGCCCUCGGAGGAGUGGAGCCGCGGGACAG